CCACCACCGACCGUGGACGGCUGGGGGAAAGAGGAGGGAAGCAGUCUCCUGGGAGCGCGUAAAGUUGGGUUUUGGCUGUGCGCUUUUACGCACGGACCGUGGACGGUGACCGGACCUGUGUGUGUCUCUGCCUGUGAGCACGGCAGCAUCAUGAGUGGCAACACAGAGGGGGUUUUCCUCUCUCCGCCAAGGGAGUGAAGAGAGUAGAAGAAGAGAAGAGGAGGACAGAAAAAAAGAAGAAGACUAAGGAAGAAGUAAGAGAAGAGGAGAGGAGGGAAGGGGAGAAGAAAAGCAGAGGAGCAAGCCAGAAAAAGAGAAAGGAGGAAACAGAAGCACCAAACUUUCCUCUAAAGGAUCUUUCCACCUCAUACUGAGACUCUGGUCGUGUCAAAGCACCUGACCAUGAGGCUGUGAAUCCGCCUCCUUCUUCUUUCUUCUUACAGAGCUCUUCUUCAUUACCUGACCCCAUGUCUCCGAAGGUAGGACCCACCGCACAAAGCACAGGCACCCACAUCUGGAUGCUGCUGUGCCCCCUGUUCUGUGCUCUGGUCCUGGCCAGAGGCUCCACGCUGAGCCCUGAGGACUUGCAGAGCACCGCUGCUAUGUCGCUGCCGGAGGACUGGACCGGCACGACGAUCCGGCUGCAGCCAGACCUGCAGACUGAAGCCCAGAGGCCGACGGAAGCACAGACGGAAGCACAGACAGAAGCACAGACAGAGGCUCUGACAGACACGCCAACUCAGAGCACUACCAGCAACUAUACAGGUCUGUCCUGUAUCCCUGUCCUGCCACCACGUCGGGGUUCCUUCUAUGUCGAGAGUGGCACCGGCGUGUCAGUGGGCACUGUGUUGGCCUUCUGGUGCAGAGAGGAAUACCAGCUGGUCGGCAGCGAUAAAAUCUACUGCAAUGUCAGGAACGGCAAACCGCAGUGGAGCAACUACCUGCCUGUCUGUGAAGCGAUCCCCAGACCUGAGGACCGUGGUCUGAGAGUGGCUGUGUUGGCUUCAGUGGUGAGUGGCAUUGUAAUCUUCGCCAUGUCCUUGUCCUUCCUCAUCUGCUGUCUGCAGGAACGAACCAGUCGGGACCGAGCCAAGAAGGAGGGACGGAGCAGGCGCAGAGAUAAGCGUUCGGCCCGUCGAAGCGAGUGUUGGCUGGAGAGAGAAGAGGGUGAGUGGGAAGCUUUCCCUCCACCCAAGAUCUUCCAUCUCUCCCAGAGGAUGAACCCCCGUCUGGCUCCCGACAGCCCCCUCUACCUGACUGGAGGACUCAGUGGAUAUGAGAACAGAGGAUACCAGAGGAGUCAGGAGAGUUUGCUGAAGGCCCCCAUGCCCGGACUCUACCGCUCCGAGUCUCAGCUUUACCCACACGUCGUCCUGCAGAGGGUCCCAACUCCGACAGCACCCUCCGCCCCUUCAGCUCCAUCCGCCCCUCUCUACCUCCACCUCCCCUCCUCCUCCUCCGCUGCCUCCUCACCCGCCCACACAACCGCCCACAGCCAGCCUCACAUCAUGGCGCAGUAUCCUACCCCGACGUACCCGCCCAACCCCAACACAGCUGUGCCCGCCUACCCCCACCCGACACCGGCGCCUAUCUACCCCAACCCCAACCCAACACCACAGCGGCCAUGGCAGUAGCUACGUCUUCCACCUUCCAUUUUUACAGGCUCGCUGUGCCAUUCCUACUGAAGACGUUGAAGGAACAUGCAGAGCGACAGCGUCACAGGCACGUUUUGGAGACGCAUGAAGUCUUUUUCUCUUCCGUAUCCCUGUUUUCUCCUACAGAAGGCUGCAAACGCAAUGUUUCAAAGCAAACACGAAAAAACUGUGUAAAAAUGGAGAUGCAGCCAGUGUAGAAACUCCCCCUGCUACCGCAUGCUUGCUGAACUUCUCCUGCAUUUUGGACUCAACAAGAACUGAACACACUAGAUUUUUUUUUCCUUUUUUCCCUACUGAACUGCUGCUGGACUCCCUGCAAGAGGAGUUCUUUGGAGAAAGUUUUCUUUUAGCCGUCAGAAAUUACAAGAAAGCUUCAAGUAGCCGGUCGACAAGGGAACACAGGAAGUUUUACUUGUACUAAUUCAGUUCAACCAUUGUCGUUUAUGAAAGAAUGACCUGCAAUGAAGAUUGAAUGAAUCUUAAAGGACUUCGACUAUGGCCACCACUGUUUAGGCAGCUCAGAUCUCUCAGCAGUGUUGAUUUUUUUUAUAGUUUAUUGAAAAGGAUCCCUAUCAGCCCUCCUGAGGUCCACAUUAUCUAAAACUAAAGACUUAACAUGAACUUCUGAAAUCCCACGUGUGAUGGAAUGAAAGAUUUCGGGUGACUUUAGUCCUGGUAUUUUCCCGCACUGCUGAGAGAAAAUAGACUGACAAUAGGGACUUAUGGGUAGCAAACACACUGUGAUUAAAAUGCCGCUGUUGCUGCAACUACUGAAUGCAGCCAGCUUUGUGCUGUUUGUAAGGAUUUAAUGAUACAGUGAUAAUUUUAGAUCGAUCCUUUCUCUCUCACCAAAACUGUCAACUAAAUGUCGUUUUUUUUCUUGUCAAAUAAUUCGGUCACAUAAUUAUUUAUGACAAAAGCGUGUUUUAUGGUCGGCAGUUUGACUGGUAAAGUAUUCUGGCAAAGUCAGUCAGGGUCCCUGCUGGAUUUAGGAACACGUAGAAGAUACAUGACUAAAAUACUGACUGGAAAUCAGACCUGGGUAAAAUAAUAAUCCCAAAUAAUUAUCACAACUUGAAUUGGUUCUGGUUUGAGCUAGAUAGUUCAGACAAUAAGUUGUUAAUCACAGAAAAUCAUCCAAAAUUGAUUUUCAAUUUGAAGAAAACUUGAAGUAACAAAGGUUCUCUAUGUAAGUUAUAGCAAGUAUAAUGACUGCUGUUUUGUCGUCGAUGCACUGGAAACUGCACAGAAAUGCGCUGAUAUGUAAAGUUUGAGCAGGGAGAUGGACAAACCAUGUUAUUGACCUAUAAACUCUGAUUCACUUGAAUUCUCUACACUUUUACAUGAAAUGUGGAUAUUGCUAAUUCCAAAUUAAAUUUUUUUUUAAUGAAUAAUCAACUUUAAACCUUUAUUACUCCCUUCGUCGAUGUACAUGCAUUUUUAAUCAUAAAGUCUGUCCAAGAGCCCCUUUACUGUUGCUUUAGUCAGUUUACACCCUAGCUGUGGGGCUGUCUUUAUUAUUAAUAGAAGGACUCGAGUAGACACUAACAAAUCUGCCCUUGACAUUUUUUUUGAAGGGGGAAAUUUAAACGGCUUGGACUGGACAGCCCUAACUAUUUCUCUUACUGUAAACUAUUUGUUGUAUAACAAUAAGACUGCCAUAAAAGCUAAAUAAAAAGACUUUUGUUUAGUUGAA